AUGAUUGGAGCAAUCUACUCCUCCUACACUGUAAUCAAGAAACGUUGACUAGUGGCUGCUUAAUCCAUAACGCUCCACAAGAAACCUCAGAUUUCAAAACCAAUCAGAAGACCUAAAAGUUUUGAUUUUUACUUCCUAUUCGUAUACCUAAAAUUGUUCAAUGCUGUUCUUAAGUCUGAACCCAGUUCGAUCAAUUACAUCGCCGAGUUCUAAAAGUUUUGAAAUUUGAUUAAGGGUUUGGGCUUUCUCUUCUUCUGCUCACUUGAUCGUUUAUAAAUCGGUCCUUCAAAGUUUGCUAAGUUGGAAACUUGAGCUACUAAAUCGUUUUGGAUAUACCUCAAUUUGAAAACCAUGUAUUCACCAUUUAAAGACUGCAAAACUCUGACCCUUGAAGCUGGACAAAACUCAAGAAGUUAUCCCUCCAAGAGAGUCGCUGAAGCGAAAGAAAGUUUACAACAUUCAUAAUGGUUCAGAAGCUUGAACUGAUCAAAGGUGGAGGAGGAUCGAUAAAAAUAGGAGCAACGGGAACAGUCGCAACGUUAAUGACUCGAGAGCUAGACUCCAUGAAACAACCUUCACCUCAGACUCCCACAACGAGACCCAUUAGAACAACUAUCCCUGUCUCAGUAGACUGUGGCACAUCUUCUUCUUCAACUCCAAGAAGAACAAAACCAAGAAAAUCAUCAGAUGAAGCUAGCAGCAGCAGCAACAACAACAAUGUUCGAACACCAAAGGGUCACAAUGCCAGAAGCACUCAUCAGCUUUCAAUGCUUGGCUCUGAUAAUGUUAGAACACCAAAGGGUCACAAUACCAAAAGCACUCAUCAGCUUCCAAUGCUUGGCUCUGAUAAUGUAUCGUUACAAGGAACCCCUAGAAGGGAGAAGAGAAUGAACAUUGUGGACAUUGUGGAUGUGAAAUGCGGGAAUCCGGAUCGAGCUUGGGCUAAUCCAAUCACCAGUAGACUCAAAAAGCUUGGAUUCUCUAAACUCAAUGAGAGCAUUGGUUAAGAAGAGCUCUGCAAAUUUAGCCCUAUUACACUGCCAUAUCUGGUUUGUAUAUCCGGUAUGAAUCGGUUUACACCAAAUCACAAUGUAAGCUUUCUUUGUCAAACCAACAAUGUAAUUGUAAACGAACCUUUGGUCAUUACAUUCAUUUUUGUUUUUUGCAUUGAACCA